AUGGACGGCGCCAGAGCUAGACUGCGGUGCGCGGAGCGGGCGCACGUGGGCGACGACGGCGCGACGAUGUCAAAACAAUGGAAUUAUCAGGGUCACUAUUUUGAACUUGGUACUAGAAACAUGGCUCUGCCUCAGAAAAAGUAUUAUAGACAACGUGCACAUUCUAACCCGAUUGCUGACCAUUGUUUUGAUUAUCCUUCCCACCCAGAUGAAUUUAACUGGUCACUGUUGUAUCCGAAACUCGAAGAGGAAAAAACAAAUAAUAAACAUGUUGAAUUUUUAGAUGUUGGAUGUGGAUAUGGAGGCUUAUUAGUUACACUUUCACCAAUGUUUCCUGAGAGCUUAAUGCUGGGACUAGAAAUUCGUGUGAAGGUAUCAGAUUAUGUGAAUGAUAGAAUUCAAGCACUGAGAUCCCAACAUACUGACCAGUAUCAAAAUGUUGCUGUUUUAAGGACUAAUGCUAUGAAAUACUUACCUAAUUUCUUUCACAAAGGGCAACUAAAAAAGAUGUUCUUCCUCUAUCCAGACCCUCAUUUCAAGAAAGCAAAGCAUAAGUGGAGGAUAAUAAAUAAAUGGCUAUUGUCAGAAUAUGCUUAUGUUUUAGCUGAACAGGGUAUUGUAUAUACAAUUACUGAUGUAAAGGAUCUUAAUGAGUGGAUGGUCUCCCAUUUUGAAGAGCAUCCAUUGUUUGAAAGAAUUACUGAUCUGGAAUUGAAAUCCGACCCAAUAGUGGAUAAAUUGUAUGAAAGUACAGAAGAAGGUAAAAAAGUAACCAGAAACAAUGGUGAUAAGUUUGUUGCUAUUUUCAGAAGGAUUCCAGAUAAUAAUAUAAAAAACUAA